AACACAAAAAUACAAACAAACUUUUUUUAUAAAAAAAAGUAUCUUAAUGGAACGGAAGGAAGUUUAAUUCAAGCCUUUGAGAGAGAGAGAGAAAGAGAAUUUGUUGUAGCGAAUGUGGAGAGCCGUUGGAUUAAUUCAACCCUUUAAUAAAUGGAAACCACUUUGAAAAUGUAAUUUGAUACUCCCUACAAGUUCAUACACUUUUACGAGGUGAUGUGAACGAUCAGUUAAACAAUGCAGUUAUCACAAAAAUCUUGGUACCAAUCGUUUCUUUGACCAACGUUUUGAAACUUCUCUAUAUAUCUCUAUAAAUUGCCAAUGUUCAAUCCUGCACACUCCCAUACAGCAGUCUCAAAUCCCCAAGUUCUUGAACAGAAACCUUACAGGAAAAUGAGUGGAAAAAGUGGCAACGGCGGUGGAGGAAAGAGCGGUGGCAGUGGAGGAGGAAAGAGCAGUGGUGGUAGCGGUGGCGGUGGAGGAGGAGGUUAUAUGGUAGCACCAGGUUCAAAAGGAGGUGCUUACAUCUCAAGAGGUGGAUUUGAGAGUAACCCUCAAGCGUACUUUGGUAACUUGCACGGCAGUGGACAAAGCAAGAAGUAAAUUUGUGUGUGUAUGUGUGCAACUAGUACUACUACAAGCAUGAAUCGUCUUGUGUUUAAUUAAAUAAAAUGGAAGGAAGUUUUUGAAUAAAAUAAGAUUUAUAUCCAUCUU